AUGUUUACCCAAUUCCACGUCUCGUCGCCGCCUCCGCCGCCGCAGGACUCGGCGCCGUCCAUCUCAUUCUCGAACCAGCAACAGCAGCAGCAGUACGCCCACGUCCCCCGAGUCCUCCCGCCCCAGAGAGCAGAGUACGCUGCCCCCGCCACGCCGUUCCCCGUGCCUUCGCCCCGUGUGGCACCAGCACCGACUCCGCUCCUCGCCCCGCCGGCCCCGCCCCCGCCGACCCCACGCGCGAUGAAGCGCAAGUCGACCGCCUCGACGUCGUCGGCAGCCUCGACACCAAAGCUCGAGCGCGCAUCGCCAGUCAUCGCACGCACGCCGACCCCGCUCGCCCACGCCGCCCGUGCCUACCCCCCCGCCGCCGCCGCCGCCCUACCGCCCACCCCCCAGUCACAGCCCCAGCCCCAACCUCCCCAGGCCCAGCUGUCGUACCUCCCUUUAGCGGGCUACCGCCCUGCCCCGGACGGCUACUAUGCGGCUGUGAACACGACGCUGACCCCGCUGCCGCUCGUCGCGACGGCAGGCCUCAUCCCCGCCCAGGCGGACUUCGGGUACGGCUCGGCCUACCCGUAUGCUUGGGCCGCGCAGUACUACGCCACGAUGAUGUCGGCUUCCGAUGACCAAGGGCAGGUGGACACGGGCUUCGAGCGCCAACAGCAACAACAACAGCAGCAGCAACAGCAGCUCCAGGUGCCGGUGCAGGUGCAGCACUAUGACACGCUCGUCGGGUGCAGGCAGGACCCGACCACGGGGCAGUGCGCACUCAGCCUCGGAACCGGUGUGCCGUAUGCGCCGUCGUCGAGCUCGCCCGCGACCGCCGUCAAGCCGCCGGUCCAGUUCCCCGGCGCGCCGGUGCCCACCAUCCCGAGCCACAGUCAAUGGGCGUACCCCGACAUUCAGCAGCAGCAACAACAACAACAACAACAGCAGCAGCAGCAGCAGCUGUCGUACCAGUACGCAAACUACGGCCCCGACCGGGCGAUGGUGUUUGAAGACCCCGUGCGGGACAACGCAAUCUCCACCCAGGAGUUCACCGAAACAAUGGACAGCAUGACGGGGAUCCUGUAUAACCUUAUGGCCAAGGCCCAAUAUGCGUCCCCACAGGACCAUGUCAACGGCCUUACGCGGAUCCAGGAACUGUUAAGUGACUUGACGCAAAAGGAGGCUCAGCGGAAUGUCCACCGGCCGUUUGAGGCCUAA